UCGGCGCCUGGGCGGCCUCGGCGGGACCCAUGGCGGAUCCAUCGCCCGCGGGCCUGCGGGAGGGCGGCUCCCGUGUGCGCAGACCCUCGGCGCCCUCGCCGUCCCCGCGCUCGCGCUCCGGUUCCGAGCCGGAGGAGGCCGAACUGUCGCUGAGCCUGGCCCGCACCAAGACCCGCUCGUAUGGCAGUACGGCCAGCGUGCGGGCGCCGCUGGGCGCCGGCGUCAUCGAGCGCCUGGUGGAGCACAGGGUCUGCGCUGGGGACACGCUGCAGGGCAUCGCGCUCAAGUAUGGAGUGUCGAUGGAACAGAUUAAAAGGGCCAAUAAACUGUUUACCAAUGACUGCAUAUUUCUGAAGAAAACUUUGAGUAUCCCAAUUAUAUCAGAGAAGCCUUUGUUGUUUAAUGGACUUAACUCCAUUGAUUCUCCAGAAAAGGAAACUGUUGAUGUCAGUUUUUGUCAUGAAGAGGAGCCUAUGAUGGCUGGGGAAGACCUCCCUCCUUCUAGUCCUCAACUAGAUGCUGAGCCUGCGCAGCCUGAGGAAGUAUCUGCCAGAGAUUUCCUGCAGAGACUUGACUUACAGAUUAAGUUAUCAACACAGGCAGCCAGGAAACUCAAAGAAGAAAGCAGAGAUGAAGAGAGCCCCUAUGCAGCAUCCCUCUAUCACAGUUAGGCAACUGGUGGGUAUAACUCUAACCCAGAACACAAAAUAGACCCUAAAGAAUCCACUGAUGCAGAUCCAGAAGCAACGCUUUUGGACUCCCUUAGAGUACACCCUAAAACCACAAUGAAGUAGACCAACCGCAAUUGCACGGAUGUGACUAGCUUUUUAUGGCUUUCUAGAAUUUUAAAUCUUAUUAUGGCAUGAGAGCAAAACUGUAUUCUAAAGCUCAUCACUUUUGUAGGUGGUGAUAGUUUUUAGACUAGCUUUUGUAAAUACAAAAAGCAUCAAAGACUAUUUAUAUAUUUAAGCCAAAAACAAUGUUUAUCUCCCCAUGAGAUCCUAAUUGUAUGAGAAAAGUGGUGGCUGUUCUGAUACUGGAUUUGCUGUGUGUUUAUAACUUAAGUGCUAUAUAUAUUUCAAUAUGUAUUACAUAUUCUGUGUUAAUGCAAAGAACCAAAUUUUGUCUGCUAUUUUGUAAAAGUAAACUACAAAAGUCUGGGUGAGAAAAUAAAUUAUGUUUUCAUAUAUGA